AUGCGCUUCAAGAGCUGGAUCGAGAAACUCGUCCCGUGCACAGGAAUCGCUUUCAUUGACGCUCACGACGACUUGCGCUCGUUCGAAGCAUCUACAACUAGCAUAGCUAGUAGUGGCACCGACGCGUCCAUCACGUUCGCGUGCGCGUGCUGUGGCGCCGACGACGUAUCCAUCGCCGACGCAGAGAACCCGUGCUUCUCAGGCGAACGCAUAACAACCGACCUCGAGCGCGAGGCCAGUACCAACAUGUGCCAGUUGCACCAACCGAGAGCAAUACGGGCAAACGGGAGGGCGGCCGUGCCGAGUCGAGCCUGGGAGCACGAUGGGUCUUCCACUUCGCCAUCGAGCCUCGGGUCGGUCAGCAGCCCGAGCUUGGCGUCCAGCGUUCGGGGGGUCUGUCCCGGAGAGUUAUUUCCGUCGCAAGCCCCGAUGCCUGCGCCCGCUCCACCCCGUAGAGCGCAAAGCAUGGCAACUGGAGGUUCUGAACACCAUAUCACGAUUGACAUUGGCGAUAGCACGGCUCCUUUCAGCUUCGGACCUUCGGAAACGUAG